AUGAAGCCGUCACGGCCAGAACCUCCUUUUGCUCCGCCCCCACGGCCUGACAACGAUGGGAAGGUCUUGGCAGGAGACAUAGAUGAGUUCAAAGCCUGGGAGGAGGCCAUGAAAACGCCUGCCGAACUGAGACUGAAAUCAGGUGAGCGCUGGCGCGGCUUCAACUUCGGAGCGAAGAGGUCAAUUGCUGGAGAGGUCGUGUUCUGCACGGCGAUGAUGGGCUAUCCCGAAUCUUUGACGGACCCAUCCUUCGAAGGCCAAAUCCUUGUGCUGACGUAUCCAAUCGUUGGUAAUUAUGGCGUGCCACCCGACGAGAAGGACGAACAGGGGAUACCAAGGUAUUUCGAGGGAUCGCGGAUCUAUCCCGUGGCAGUCGUAGUGUCGGAGUAUUCUUUCGCGGCAUCCCACUAUUCCGCCGUGAAGAGCUUGUCUCAGUGGCUUGAACAGCACAACGUGCCUGGGAUUUCUGGCGUGGACACUCGCGCCAUCACAAAACGUCUCCGGCAAGAAGGAUCAGCUCUUGGUGCUAUGGUCGUCGGGAGUGAUGCAGCACCGCAGUGGGAGGAUCCAAACUUGAAGAACUUGGUGGCCCAAGUGUCUGUGUCCAGCCCCAAACUGUAUCAGCCCGCCCGUGAUGAAGCAGAUGAGGGUGAGCCUCCGCUGGUGGUGGCUGUUGACUGUGGCAUGAAGCUCAACAUCGUGCGGUACUUCAUCCACUACCUUCGAGUCCGCCUGAAGGUUGUGCCGUGGGACUAUGACUUCUCAAAGGAGGAGUUCGACGGCCUCUUCAUCAGCAAUGGCCCUGGCGAUCCGGAGAAGUGUGAAGCAACCGUGAAUUGCCUCCGGAAAGUUAUGCAAGAACGACCGCACUUGCCCAUCUUCGGCAUCUGCUUGGGGCAUCAGCUGCUUUCCCUUGCAGCGGGCUGCAAAACCUACAAGAUGAAGUUUGGCAACCGAGGUGUGAACCAGCCGUGCGUAGACCUGCGAACGGGGCGCUGCUACAUCACCUCUCAGAACCACGGCUUCGCUGUGGACGACUCGAAGCUACCGGAUGGUUGGCACACCCUUUUCACCAAUGCAAACGAUGGCUCAAAUGAGGGCAUUGGCCACAAGGAGAAGCCAUGGUUUUCAGUGCAGUUCCACCCCGAGGCCUGCUGUGGUCCUGUGGACACUGCCUUUCUUUUCGAUGAUUUUUUCAAGAUUCUGAGGAACUCGGGAGGAAGGAGUUUGACAACCAUCAGUUACAAGCACCCGCAGGCGAUUUCAAAGGUCUUGGUGCUGGGUUCCGGCGGUCUGACGAUCGGGCAAGCUGGUGAAUUCGAUUACUCCGGGAGCCAGGCUAUCAAGGCAUUGCGCGAGCAGCAUGUGCAGUCGGUGUUGAUCAACCCCAACAUUGCGACCGUCCAGACAUCCCGGGGCUUGGCUGACCAGAUAUACUUCGUUCCGGUUACACCGGAGUUCGUAACCAAGGUGAUUGACAAGGUGAGACCGGAUGGGUUGUUUGCCGCGUUCGGUGGGCAGACGGCGUUGAACUGCGCAGUUGCACUUCACCGAGACGGCACUCUCAAGAAGUAUGGCGUCAAGGUUCUGGGCACGCAAAUCGAUUCCAUUGUUGCAACAGAGGAUCGCGAAAUCUUCAAGGUAGGCGUCGAGAGUUUGGGCGAGAAGUGCGCGCAGUCUGCAUGUGCGAAUACCUUCGAGGAGGCACGAAAAGUCGCCCGUGAGAUUGGAUUUCCGGUGCUUGUUCGAGCUGCAUUUGCAUUGGGUGGUCUGGGAAGUGGCUUUGCAUCGAACGAGGCAGAGCUGGAGGUGCUUCUGACUCGAGCUUUCGCCACCUCGUCUCAGGUCAUUAUCGACGAGUGCUUGAAGGGAUGGAAGGAGCUGGAAUACGAAGUAGUGCGUGAUUCCCGGGACAACUGCUUGGUUGUCUGUAACAUGGAGAACCUGGAUCCAAUGGGUGUCCACACAGGCGAGUCCAUUGUGGUUGCGCCAUCGCAGACGCUUUCCAACGAUGAGUAUCGCAGACUGCGGGCUGUUGCGAUCAAGGUGAUUCGUCAUUUCGGUAUCGUUGGCGAGGCCAACAUCCAGUAUGCCCUUGAUCCGAAUUCAAGUCGCUAUCGCAUUGUCGAGGUGAACGCGCGGCUUUCCAGAAGCAGUGCACUUGCCUCCAAGGCAACUGGGUAUCCGCUUGCUUAUGUUGCUGCCAAGCUUGCCCUCGGUCACGAUCUCGUGAGCUUGAGGAAUCAAGUUACACGCUCAACAACUGCGUGCUUUGAGCCCUCCUUGGACUACUGUGUUGUGAAGAUCCCUCGCUGGGAUAUUGACAAGUUCCCCACUGUGGAGCGCACUCUGGGGACGCAGAUGAAGAGCGUUGGCGAGGUCAUGUCCAUUGCACGGUCUUUCCCUGAGGCAAUUCAGAAGGCAUUGCGCAUGGUCAACGAAGGAUCCGUCGGCUUUGAUGGGAAUUGGUACUUGCGUGCGCGGUCUUCAGCAGCUGUAUCGAAAGACGGCAACAUCGAGGAGGAAUUGCGAUAUCCAGGACCGCUGCGGAUGUGCGCGCUUGCGCAUGCCUUCGAGAAGAACUACUCUGUGGAGCAGGUCUACCAGCUCACCAAAAUCGACAGAUGGUUUCUGGCGAAGCUCUUCUCUGUGCCUCAGGGUCGCAGGAGAAUGGAGGGAAUGGGCAGCCUGGAUGCCUUGCAGCAGGCUGGCCCCGACUUCCUCCGCCGAGUGAAACAGCUCGGAUUCUGCGACAGGCAGAUUGCCAAAGCAGUCGGCAGCAGUGCAGAAGCAGUUAUGAAGCUGCGCACUGGCUGGAGCAUUCGGCCUUGCGUGAAGCAGGUCGAUACCCUUGCGGCAGAGUUCCCGGCAAAGACGUC